CAGUUCACAUCCGGUAUUUUGUGCUGUAUUGACAUCUUCCCCGUACAGUCAGAUAUUACGUCUGUCAAACCGGACUUCCUCGGCCUUUGCAACACCAUUUCAACACGAAUUCAUCACUCAGUCCGGUAUUAGUGUGAGGUAGGCAGGCUGAGGGAGCGGGCUGUAGGAGCUCAGCAGCCGGACAGGAGAUAUGACGGCUGGGGUGCUGAUAGUGUUUCUUGGGGGCUUGCUGGAGGUCUGCAGCGGCGUCUCGGCAAACAGAGGAGGGUAUCCCUCCUUUACAGACGAAAUACCUUUCAAAAUCACCUGGCCAGGCGCUGAAUUGACGCUGCCAACUUCAGGAGUACUUUACAAGGAAGAUGACUUUGUCAUCAUGACAACAACAGAGAAGGAGAAGUAUAAAUGUCUCCUGCCUUCCCUGACAGCUGGAGAGGAGGAUGAUGAUAAGGAGUACAGUGGGCUCAGUCCGGCGGAACUGCUGGAGCCACUAUUCAAACGAAGCAGCUGCUCCUACAGGAUUGAGUCAUACUGGACAUAUGAAGUAUGCCAUGGAAAGCAUAUACGACAGUAUCAUGAAGAGAAGGACACUGGUCAGAAAGUUAGUGUUCAAGAGUACUUCCUGGGGAAUAUGGCACAGAAGAGUCAGUCGACAGAGACAGAUAAAGAAGAAGAAGAGACAGAAAAUGUCAAAUCAGCAACUGAAACAGAAGUGCCAACUAAGAAUAUAGAAGGUCAGCUGACUCCCUACUUUUCGUUUGAGAUGGGGAAUGGGACCCCUUGUGUGCUGAAACAGAACGAGGCUCGCUCCACGUCUGUGCUGUACGUCUGUCAUCCAGAGGCCAAGCACGAGAUCUUGUCCGUCGCUGAGGUCACUACCUGUGAAUAUGAGGUGGUGGUUUUGACACCGCUGCUUUGUGCACACCCAAAAUACAGGUUUAAGUCCUCUCCGGUGAACGCCAUCUUCUGCCAGGCUCUGGCAGGCUCCCCUCUACAGCCUCAGCGGCUCACCCAAUUGGACAAGGAGCAAGAAGAGCAGCUUAAACCACUUUUCAGCCCCACCUCCGAGACCAGAGAGGAGGAGGCAUCAGCACCAGUGAGAGAGGAGUCCUUCACCUCCACCCAUAAACCUAUAACUGUUGGAGGGCAGUCUCAGGUCACUGUCGGCACCACUCACAUCUCUCGUUUGACAGAUGACCAGCUAAUCAAGGAGUUCCUCAGUGGCUCGUACUGUCUGCAUGGGGGGGUAGGGUGGUGGAAAUAUGAAUUCUGCUAUGGAAAGCAUGUCCAUCAGUACCAUGAGGAAAAAGAGCAGGGGAAGAACAUUGUGGUGGUCGGGAGCUGGAACGGAGAGGAGCAUAUUAACUGGGCCAAGAAGAACGUUGCCCGAUCAUACCAGCUCAAAGACGAUGGAGUGCAGAAAGUCAAGUUGGUUUCCCACUUUUAUGGCCACGGUGAUGUGUGUGAUCUGACAGGGAAGCCCAGGCAGGUCAUUGUCAAGCUCAAAUGUAAGGAGUCUGAGUCUCCCCAUGCUGUCACUGUCUACAUGCUGGAGCCUCAGACUUGCCAGUACAUCCUGGGGGUUGAGUCUCCGGUUAUAUGCAGGAUUCUUGACACUGCUGAUGAAUAUGGACUCCUGUCAAUCUCCAGCUAAACUGACAAAGAUCACAUGACAGCAACAGCGCGUGAA